UCGGCGGCGUCGUUUUUGUUGGUUGUGUUUCAUCUUCCCUCUACCCCCUCUUUAAUUCCAUAAGCCUCUUUCUAUCUCUAUAUAUAAGCCCUCAGUUUUUUCCUACACAUAGGAAUAUCACAACCUAUACGUACACAUUUCUGUAUCUACACUUAUAUAUAUUUAUAUAUAUUUUUUAUAUAUAUAUCAUAACCAACACCUACAAGCUUCAAUAUAGAGAAAUGAGAACAAGAAGAGGUGUUUCUUAUCCCGAAGUGAUCAAUACAUGUUGUGAUAAAAGAAGAUUAUGUGAUUUCAUAUGUGAAAAGACGAUAUUGCCCCGGAAAAGGGCAAAGUCGUCGGAAGGGACACCGGUGGUGACGGUUUCCGGUCAGUGUGAUUUUUUCGAUACGCUACCAGACGACAUCGUUUUGUUUAUUCUCACCAAGCUUGGCUCAACUGCCAGCUGUCCAGCUGAUUUCAUUAGCGUUUUAUCAACAUGCAAGAGGUUAAACAUGUUAGGUGUUCAUUCGCUUGUGUUGUCGAAAGCGUCUCCGAAAACAUUCGCGGUUAAAGCGAAAAACUGGUCGGAAUCGGCUCAUCAGUUUCUAAAACGGUGCUCGGAUGCCGGAAAUGUUGAAGCUUGUUACACUCUUGGCAUGAUUCGUUUCUACUGCUUACAAAACAGAGGAAACGGGGCAUCUCUACUAGCAAAAGCCGCGAUCAACUCUCACGCUCCGUCGCUCUACUCGCUGGCAGUAAUCCAGUUCAACGGCAGCGGCGGUUCGAAAACCGACAAAGACCUACGCGCAGGCGUAGCUCUCUGCGCGCGUGCAGCGUUUCUCGGCCACAUUGACGCUCUCCGAGAACUCGGGCAUUGUCUCCAAGACGGUUACGGUGUACGUCAAAACAUCGCUGAAGGCCGUAGGUUCUUAGUUCAAGCCAACGCGCGUGAACUUGCAUCUGUACUUUCAACCACUCCGGCAGCCUUAAUUUCUGCAAACUGGCUGACGUGGAAUCCGUUACCUUAUUUGCGUAAUGCAAACGUUGUUGGAGUCGGAGUUGGAGUUGGUUGUCCGUUGUUAAGUGAUUUUGGGUGUAACGUACCGCCGCCGGAGCCUCAUCCGGCGAACCGGUUUCUUUCCGAUUGGUUUUCCGGUAAGGUGGUGGGUGCCGGACUCCGGUUAUGUUCACACGCCGGUUGUGGCCGGCCGGAGACUAGGUUGCAUGAGUUCCGGCGGUGUUCGGUUUGUGGGAAAGUGAACUAUUGUUCUCGCGCGUGUCAAGCACUUGACUGGAAGUUGCGUCAUAAGAUGAUGUGUAUGCAGCCGGAGAGGUGGGUGGAUGCUGGUGACGGUAACGGUAACGGUGUUGUUGAUGGAGAUGACGGAAUGUUUGUGGAGAGUUAACGGCAGUUGUGGUGGGGUUAGUAUUGGAAUUUCGGGGACAUGCUUUCUUUUGACGUACGCCGGAAUAUAGACGUUAGUAAGAAAAGUUUUUUUUUUUCUUUUUUCUUUUUUUUUCUUCUUGGGUAGCAAAUUUUGUACAAUAUAUUUUCAAUGUAGCUAGCUGCCUUUUCUACUCUUGAAGUUAAUUAUUCAAAUGCUCGUAAAUUAAAGAGAAAAUUAUGAAUUAAA